AUGGAGUUUUCAAAUAAGAGAUCGAGAGAUGACUUUGAACAAGAUGAAGGCCAAUUCCACGAUGGGCCUAGUCAUGAUAGUUUUGAACAUAAACGACACCAUAUUGACCCAGCGCAAGAAUUAAUAAAUAAUAUAUGCAAAGACAUUCGAAGAUUAGGAGAAGCGGGCGAUAUCGAGAACUUGAUUGCUGACACAAAUUACAUUUCUAACCCUAUAGUUGCUGAAUUUGAGAAAAUUGACAACUUGAGAACCUCCAUCUUGUCAACUAUUUAUGCAUUGAUAACUGAACAACCUCAUAAGAUCAGUGCUAUUGCAAACUUGAUAUUGAUAUGCAAUGCCAAGAACUUUGUGAUUGCCAAAUAUGUGGUUGAAUAUUUACAUUCAAAGAUGCAAACCAUGUUGGAUUCUCAAGAAGGAUCAGUGUUUAAUGAUAUUAAGAACAUAUUGAAAUUUUUGAGUACAUUGACACCAAUCAUUGAAGACAACGGAAUAAUCCAGAUUUUCAAACAAUUCUUAAGUUUUGCCAUUGAAUUACAAGAGAAAACUGAAAUUAGAAAUGGUUUAGCUCAAGAGAUAUAUUAUAAUGUUUUAAUUGCCCUACCAUACGUACUCAGCAACGAUAAUUCCGAUGAUUUGAAAAAAAGCAUCAAUGAGUUGAUUGAAUUGGCUAAAAGAUUUAAAAUUGUUGCCGAACCAGCCACUGUUUUACUCCCAUUCGAUACCAGAAUGGGAAACUUCGAGUUGCCAUACAUUCCGAAGCAGAUGGUAGAUUUAAUUUUGCCAGCACUCAUAAAGUUACAAGAUGAUGACUGGAACUUUAGAUUGUUUCUUGAUUUUAAGACUCACUUGGAUCCAGUUAUUCAAUCAUCUUUGGAAAACAACUCAAUUUCCAGUGAGUUAGUCAAACACAAGUUGCCUCAAUUAUCGCUCCCAAGUGUAGAAAAUGUUAGUUUCAAACCAACAUCAAUAGAUAAAUUAUGGAAUGAUAAUCCCCGCUACUUGUUUCAAGUGUAUAACAACACUACAGAGUAUGAAACUGUUCCUCCAAUUGAAACUUAUUUGGGAUUGUUUUUUAAAGAUAUUGCUUUUGACAUUUUGACCAAUCUUUCCUUUAACAAAAACGAAACUGCUAUUGAACUUAGUAUUUUGGAUAUGUUUUUUGAUAAUAAAUUGUUUGCUCCACCAGGAACUAGCAUUGACCAAUUAAAUACAAUAUAUGAAGAUAACAAACUGGGCACUAAUGACCCGUUGUUAUCAACAUGGAAAAUUGAAGAUGUGGCUGUUGAAAGUAUUCUUACCAUGAUUUUCCAAUUACCUAGCCCAUUGGAGGUUGAAAUUUAUUAUUACACUGUUUUAAUUUCAUGUUGUCGUGAAUCACCAGAAUCAAUUGCCCCUGUGUUUGGGCGUGCCAUUAGAUAUUUCUAUAACCACUUAGAGACAUUAGAUUACGAACUUAAAAUAAGGUUUUUAGAUUGGAUGAGCAUUCAAUUGUCAAAUUUCGAGUUCUCUUGGAAAUGGGAGGAAUGGGUUAAUGACUCGAAAAAAUUAAAAAAUGUUAAAUACCACCCCAAAAAGAAUUUCAUCAAGAAUCUAAUUGCCAAAGAGAUCAGACUAUCAAAUAAGAAAAGAAUAAAGGAUAGCUUUAUCGAUAUAGUAGAUGGUGAAGUUGUGAAUUUAGACGAAUUUUAUCAAUACUUGGAUAUUAGUAUGGUGCCAGAUGUUCAAUCUUAUAUCAUCUCAUACGACACAGAAUUAUACGGUGAGAGUCUGCGUGACACAUUGAAGGACUUGUAUGAACAGAAACAAGCACAGCUUAAUUCCAAAUUGAGUACUGGUGCUCAAAACGAAAUAUUUUUCAACUUUACUAAUUCAGAGCUACCAUUUCAUGAAACAGCAUCUAAGGUUUACGAUUUCAUUCUUACACAUUGGAAAUCAAAUACCGAUUUCAAUGAGCUAUACAAAUCAGUUCUUGAGUCAUUGGACGCUCCCAACAAUGAAAGGUUUGCCAUCAACAUGAUUAUACAAACUUAUGCCUACAUUGGAUCAAGAUCUAUUUAUUCUGUGGUCAGUAUUUUGAGUAGAGAUAUCAACAAGUUGAAGUUUUUGAGCGGGGCACCAAUUGAUUAUGUUGGGGAUGAAGCGCGAUUUGAAGAUUUGCAUUUGACUGAAGAAGAAAAACAGAAUAGACAGAAUUGGAUUAUUGAGGCUGUUUUCAGAAUUUGGAUCCAUCAACCCCAAGUGGUAUUUUUGAUCUUGGAGUAUUUAAUCGAGUUUGGAAUCAUUGAUCCCAAAUAUAUAUUGGUAAAGGCAUUAGAAUCUAACUUGAUUAUUGAUAAUGUGUCAUGCAUGGAGUCAAUUAAUAGAAUAUUGAGCAAAGCUGAUCUGAAAGAAUUGGUCAUACAAUUGUUCACUGCAAUCAUUGGCAAUUUAAACAAAUUAGGGUUAGAUAAGGACAAACGUGUGGAAAUCGAGGAAGUACACGAAUCAAAUGCUUCUGAAGUUGAUAAACAAUGGUUGUUUUAUGAAUACUUGGGCUUAUUGAAAUCGUAUUUCCGGAAAUAUAUCAUUGGUGACGUAGAGUGUCACGAGAAAAUUAAAGAAAUAGUUGGUCAAUUGGAAAAUAUUCUGGCUAAAGAAGAAAUAUUCAAAUGGUUUGACUAG